AUGUCUUUCUUUUCCCGUUCCUUUCUCACCUACCCCACCCGACUCCUCUUUUUUUAUAUCCGUCUUUCACUUCUCUUUUUCCUAUCUACCUGUCUAUCUCUGCCUCUUUUUUUUUUCAGUGACGAUAACCCUCAGGCCUAUCUAUCUAUAUUUCUCCCCUCUCUCUUAUUUUUGAUUUCUAUCUAUUUUCUAUCUCUUUCUUAUUUUCUAUCUAUCUCUUUCGUUGUGUAUUUUCUGUCUGUUCAUAUCUAUCUAUCUAUCUAUCUAUCUAUCUAUCUAUCUAUCUAUCUAUCUAUCCCAGCAUUUUUCUGCCUAUCUCACUUCAUCUUACUAUCAGGUUCAGUCACUUACUCUAUCGCAGCAUCUUCAUAUCUAUCUAUCUAUCUAUCUAUCUAUCUAUCUAUCUAUCUAUCUAUCUAUCUAUCUAUCUAUCUAUUCAGCUUAAUCUUAAUAUCACCUAUCUAUCUAUCUAUCUAUCUAUCUAUCUAUCUAUCUAUCUAUCUAUCUAUCCCUUACUAUUCAGCUUAA